AUGGGAAACUGCUUCGGAACCCAGAAGAAAUCAACGGCCGAGAUUUCGCCGUCCGUCUUCAGCAAAAGUUCUCCGAUCGUCAAACUGUACGGAUCACCCACAAACCCUGCGACCUCGUACAUUCGAUUCGCUCUCCUAUACAAACCCAUCUCUCUCCACUUCACUCCCUCCGAAAACCCGCUUUUCGGGCCCGAAACACCGAUCAUACUGUUCGAAUCCGACGUGGUAUCGGGCUCUCCGGAGACCAUUUUACGUUACUUGGACGCUAAGUUUCCCGACCCGCCAUUGAUGAGGUAUGUGAAUUGUUACGACGAAACGACGCCGUUGUUCGUGUGGGUAGUGAAAUUGCAGCACAGGAGUGUGACGUGGCAUCUGGAGAGGUUGGUGAGGUGGGUGCAGGAUUUGGUGACACGUGGAGGGAGGGCUAGGGGCGAUCCAGUGAUGGGGAGUCCACGGAUGGAGGUGAGAAAAUUUGGGAGGAGUUACUCCCAGUUGUUGGAGGUGAUGCUUGAGCAUGCUCAGAUGGAGGAGAGGAUUGUCUUUCCUAUUUUGGAGAGGGCAGAUCGAGGAUUGUGCAAAGCUGCAAAUGAAGAACAUGCAAGGGACCUACCCAUUAUGAAUGGCAUCAAAGAGGACAUCAAAUCCAUUGGAGUUCUUGAUUCAGGAAGCCCUGUCUACCAAGAGGCCCUUUUCAACCUUUCUACAAGACUAAAAACAUUACAGGAGCACUGCAAGGAACAUUUUGAAGAGGAGGAGAGAGAGCUACUGCCAUUGAUGGAGGCAGCAGAGUUGAGUAAAGAGCAGCAAGAGAGGGUAAUGGAGCAAUGUGUGGAUGUGAUGUGCGGGACGCACUCACACCUGAUUCGCUUUUUUAUGGAAGGCCUUGUCCCUCGGGAUGGUAUGCAGUACUUGGACUUGAUCUUCAGAUGUUGUGAUAAAGAUCGAGUGUCCUCGAUUUUUUCUGUGAUCGUCGAGUAAGAUUUAGUCCUUAUUGUGAUGAUCUGGGGCCUGGAUAAUUCAUUGCAUUCUCAUGCUGGCUAGAAAAGGAAUCAUGGAGAGUGGUCUUCGCUUUUAGCUCAAGCCAAUGCUUUCUUUUCCACCUUGGUACUGCUUUACGCUACACGCCUGCCUAUGCAUACCAAGUUGGAUUGGCAUCCGUCAGAACAGGAAGUGGGAAAAGAUAGAGAAGCAUCAGAUACUAAACAUGGUCUCUUCUGUUUGUGGAUAGAAAAAGGUUGCAAGACAUGUAAUGGAUUACAUGAUGGCAUACUUUAUAAAAGGAUUGGGACGUAGCAUUCUGUAUUUCAAUUUAAGCAUGUUAAUCUACAAUAUAACUACUGAACAACUUGUAAUCCUAUUAAGCUGUUGUGGCCAGCAACAAUUGUGAGAAUCGGUUUUGGAUAAUGUCUGUAUGUUUCUAAUUUGCAAGUGAUUGUGCACAUAAGGGAG